UCUAAUUCUACACAGUGGUGUUACUCUUAAGCCUGGUUAUUUUAUGCUCUAACUCUCAAGCUUAGUGAUCCUGUAACUCCUCAAUAUAUGUCAAUGAAUUUUACACUUUCUCUGAUGAGUAUCAUACUUUAUAUACUGUUUCUGUUUCUCUCUUCUACCGUAGUUUCCAUAGCUGCGGACACAUCAUCAAUUUCACAGUCCCAACCCCUCAGUUAUGGAAAGACAAUGGUUCCCCCUCGUGGAAUCUUUGAGCUUGGAUUCUUCAAUCUAGGAAAUCCCAACAAAAUCUACCUCGGGAUUCGGUAUAAGAAUAUUUCACUUCAAAACGUUGUUUGGGUUGCAAACGGUGGCAACCCUGUCAAAGAUUCCACUGUCAUCUUGAAACUGAACAGUUCUGGCAAUUUGGUCCUCACAUACAACAACACGAUUGUCUGGUCCACAAGUUCUCCAAAAGCAGCACAGAAUCCAGUGGCAGAGCUCUUGGAUUCUGGCAAUCUUGUUAUUGGGAAAAACCCAAGUCCACAUCGACUAGAGAUUAGGUAAUUAAAUAGUAUAUAAGUGGAAAGUAACUCUCACCUUACAAGCCGGUUUUGUAGGAAAGUAACUCUCACCAUUGAUGCAUGCCUCAUAGGUAUGAGGGGGUGUAUCGGGAAAAACCCAAGUCCCGCCAAUCCUAGAUCAUUAAAAAGGGUCACCCACCAUUUAUCCACAUACCAAGCCUGAUAGUGCUAGACGUGAGGGGGUGUAUUAGGAAAAACAGGGUUGAGUUAGGCUUAAUCCACUAUUCUAACACUUGUGAUAAGAGAUGAGAAUGCAGCAAAAUCAAAUCCAA